AUGGGUUCUUCCUGUUCAUAUUGAAAACGGUCACUGCACUCUUUAGAGUUGGCUCCAACGAUGUCGAUAGAGUCGUCAUUUAUCCCUCAAACUCUCACCCUUAAAAGCUCUUCAGUUAUUGAAACUGCAAGAAAAUCUUCCUGGGCACCCCUCAAAUUCUCAAAAUAUCAAACAGACCCUUCAAGAAGCAGAAAUUUCGCAGCAAGAUCAAGCUUGAGCGUCGAAAACGGUGGAUUCAAACAGUUCCCAAAUAGGGUUGGUGAAAAAGAUGGAGUCAUCAUCGUGGACCAUGGUUCUCGCCGUAGAGAAUCCAAUCUCAUGAUAAAUGAGUUUGUAGCCAUGUUUAGAGAAAAAACGGGGUACCCAAUUGUUGAACCAGCUCAUAUGGAGUUGGCAGAACCAUCGAUAAGCGAUGCAUUUCGUUUGUGUGUUCAACGAGGGGCGGGUCGCGUGAUUGUAAGCCCAUUCUUUCUCUUCCCUGGAAGGCAUUGGCACCAGGAUAUCCCAUUGUUAACUGCUGAUGCCGCAAAGGAGCAUCCUGGUGUAUCAUAUAUAAUAACUGCACCACUUGGCCUGCACGAGCUGCUUGUGGAUGUUGUAAAUGAUAGGAUCAAACAUUGCUUGAGCCAUGUUUCGGGAGAUGCAGAUGAGUGCGCGGCUUGUGCUGGAACAAGCAAGUGCAAGCUCUAUUGACUCAUGGAUGGAAGCAAAAAGUAAGUUUUCGGGAUUGAAUAUUGCGAAGGUUCCCAUUUUAGUGAAAGUUGAGAUCCUAGCAUAGUGGUUUUUCUCUUCUUUUCUUGGAUGUUCUAUCUACAAUUCAUGCCAAUAUGACUUUUCUGGGUACUAGACCAAAUAUGAUUUGUAAAAUCUGAUGUGCAAUACAGAUUUGAGUUUCACU